AUGCAACAACGCCGAGAUGAGAUCCUCGCAAAAAAGGCCAAGCUCGCCGAGCUCAAGCGCCAGAGGGAGCUUCGAGCCACCCAGGCAUCCGCAGGACGCCAGAGUUUAGGCGUCACGGGCGACGACUGCGCAGCUAAUGACGUCCCUUCCAACUUACAGCUUGUGUCACCCACACCGGGCAGGCCAGAUCGCCAGUCCAUCGAGACCCUCAUCAACAGCCUCGUAGGAGAGAGCAGGCCCGGCUCGACCACCACCGGCGGGGCAGCCUCGCCCGCACACAGAGGCAGCCGACCGAACAGCGUUCUAAGCGCGGGCGAGCUCAGCAACGAGACCUCCGAGUUUGCCGUGCUACCGCCGGGCACCCAGCCAGCCCCUCCCGUACAACAACUAAGCCUGACUACCGCUCCCCUCACCGUCACCUACGAAUGCCCUCCGUCUCCCGUCAAGGAGAUAUUCUCCUACAGCAAAGGCGUACAGACAUCAGAAGAUCUACUGCCAGCGACGUCAAGGCCACGGGCCCAGUCCGAGUCGGAGAAUGAGGAGCCUACCGCGACACCCAGCAAGCGUAUGAGCCGCAGGGAGAGGGAUAGAGAGGAGGAGAUCCGAGAGAAGAUCCGCAAGGAGGUCGAGGAUGAGCUCAAGGCCGCACAGGAGCUGGCGGCAGGCGGCGUCCUCAAGAGCGACGCCAGCCUCCUCACCACGAACUUCCCAGCCCGAGCCCUGACCGACGAAGAGCUGCAUGCUGUCACCGCCUCGGAGGAGUUUGUCGACUUCGUCGAGCGCUCGACAAAAGUCAUCGAGAAGGCCCUCGACCAAGAGUACGACAUCCUGACCGACUACACACUCCAGGACCACGACCACGACCCCGACGACGAGCAGGGCAACGUCGGCGGUCGCGGUCGGCGGAAGAUCCGCGAGGUUCGCCAGUUCUACGACGAGCGCUGGUCCCGCAAGCGCAUGAUCACCUCGAUCGACUUCUCGCCCAAGUUCCCUGAUCUCAUGCUCGCCUCGUACACCAAGAACCCCUCGGCGCCGCACGAUCCGGACGGAGUCGUCCAGGUCUGGAACCACAACCUCCACGACCGCGCCGAGUUCGUCUUCCACGCCGGGUCCGACAUCCUGACGGCCAAGUUCUCCCCCUUCCACCCCAACCUCAUCGUCGGCGGCGCCUACAGCGGCCAGGUCCUGCUCUGGGACACGCGCGCCAAGUCGGCGCCCGUGCAGAAGACGCCCCUCACGGGCAACGGCCACACGCACCCGGUCUACUCGGUCGACAUCGUGGGCACGCAAAACGCAAACAACAUCAUCAGCUGCAGCACCGACGGCGAGGUCUGCGGCUGGACCGUCGACAUGCUCGCCCAGCCGCAGGAGACGCUGCACCUGUGGGCCCCGCCGCCGGCCAAGAACGAGAUGAUGUCGCCCAUCUGCAUGGCCUUCCCCGACGCCGACCCGACCUUCUUCCUCGUCGGGUCCGAGGAGGGCAUCAUCUUCCCCUGCCACCGCUACGACCGCGCCGGCGCCAAGGCCGGCGUCGACGCCCGCGUCUCGUACCGCGGCCACGCCGGGCCCGUCAUGUCGGUCGACUUCCACCCGGCGCGGGGCCCCGUCGACCUCGGCGACCUCGUCCUGUCGACCAGCCUCGACUGGUCCGUCAAGCUGUGGAAGGUGCGCGCGCCGGCCACGACGGCCGCCUCCAUCAUGGCCGACAUCGACGCCGCCGCCGGCGUGGCGCCGCUGCUCGACCUCGUGCGCGAGGACGUCGUCUACGGCGCCGCCUGGUCGCCCGUGCGGCCCGGCGUGUUCGGCCUCGUCGACGGCGCCGGCUGGGUCGAGGUCUGGGACCUGACGGUCGAGACGGAGGAGCCCGUCGCGCGCAUCAGCCCGAGCCGGCUCAAGGGCAGCAACGCCGGCGCCGGCGCCGGCGGGCUCAACAAGCUCGCCUGGGAGCGCGGCGAGGGCAAGAGGCUCGCUGUGGGCGGGCUGUCGGGCGUCAUGACGGUGUUUGAGGUCGGCCCGGACCUGGGCGGCAAGGAGACGCUCAAGAACGACGAGUGGACGGCCGUCAAGAAGCUAGUGACGCGGGUCGAGGCGGGUGCGGGCGGCGGCGGUGCGGGCGGUGCCGGAGUGAAUGGCGUGACGAUUUGA